UCUCAUUUCCUGUCUUUUAAUCUUUGGCUCAGUGUUUAGUAUUGUCAUUAGAAGCCUAUAAAUGUUCAGGCAGCUGCAUUGGUGCACACUUGGAUUUUUAGGUUUUGUUCCCCCUCCCUGGAAAAAAAAUUUCAUCUGCUUCUAAAUGGAUAUACUGCAUGCAGCUUAAACUGUAAAAGGAUGCAGGAUGGACAGUAACCUCAUCCAAAUUAGUUUAGUUCCAAAAGUUAUACAGAUCACUGCUGCUCCUACAACAUUACCAGCACCCCUACAAGGAACAUGGACACCUCCCAGGUGUGUGAGUCUAGGGACAACAAGGAGGACGAUAUGGUGGAUGAGGAAGAGGAGGAGGAGGAGAAUGGGAGACAGGUGAGUGGUGGAUCCAUUCUCCCCAAGAGCCAGGAAAUAUUUUUAACCUUGGAGCCCUGUAGGUUGCAGGACAUCAUGGUGGCCGACCGUGAUGCCGGGGAAGGUACUGCUGCUGGAAAUGUGUCCAUCGGCAUGUCAUCAACACCUGAAAGCAGACUUUCACUGAUUGGAAGGAGGAGAAAGAGAACCUUGGAGGACAUGUUCACCGAGAUAAUGAACACCUCCGGGACAGCUGACACAGAGCUGAGAGCAUGGAGGAUUUCACUGUCCGAGAAGUUAGACAUGGGCAUGGAGAGCAGGAAAGCUUCCAAUGAGCAAGAGCGUGCAGCGCAGGAUGAGAUGCUUCAGAUUAUGAGGGACCAAGCAGACAUGUUGAAAUGUCUGGUUGAACUGCAGGAACAGAAGCAGGAGGGUAGAGUUCAUCUGCAGACUCUGGUGGACAGCCAGCCAGCAUCACCUGGUGCAGAAUCACCCUCCCCAAAAUGUUCCAUGAGGUGUGAGCGAAAAGUCCAUUAUCCUUUUCACUUAACUCAGUGGGAGGGUACAAGGAACAGAAGGUGCCCAUUCACAGACCUUCGAUGGUCUGGAAUGCGGUGUUAUACAGCUGAAAAUGUUUCUCCCGUUCCAACUUUACAACUCCUUUUCCCCAAGGUUACCUUUUUUUUCCUCGGCUUGCAGCAGGGCUGCUUUCAGGACAUCGCUAUAUUCUGUGCAGCAGAUCCUGCUUCGGCUCCGGAAAUACUGCAGCAGAAGGCGCAAGGUGUUUGA